CGUCGAGGAAAGAUUGGCUGGGAUAAUUCGACCAUUGAAAACACUAUCGGAAAACACUAAUCUGGGACGGUGUACAUUUCAUCAUACAUGUUCAUGCAUAGGCUAGCUAUAUAACAAGGCGUCUUUUUACGGUGCGGAGGCAGACGGAUUUGGGUCUACAAAGAAAGAUGGAACAAAUUAAUAACACCGCACGCGUUUCGUAUGAAUAUUUGGAAGAACAUAAAGUUGCUGUAGCAUGCACACUAACAGCAGCGUGCGCCCUCUGGGCCUUGCGGCGCUACUCACAAGGCGGGGUGUGUCGCUCUACAGUGAAGCUCCACAACCUGACUGUUCUAAUCACUGGGUCCAACACGGGUAUUGGCAAGGAGACCGCAAAGGACCUCGCUGGAAGGGGCGCCCGCGUGAUUCUCGCCUGUCGCGAUAUGAAACGCGCGAACGAAGCAGCAGACGACAUUAAACGUUCUACCGGAAACUCGAAUGUCGUCGUAUACAAGCUGGACCUGUCUUCACUGAAAUCUGUCCGCGCAUGUGCAAAAGAGGUGCUCGAAAAAGAGGACCGAUUGGACAUCCUCGUAAAUAACGCAGGGGUCAUGUGGACGCCCCAGUGGAAGACGGAGGACGGGCUCGAGCUUCAGAUGGGAACCAACCACCUGGGUCACUUUCUGUUCACCAACCUGCUGUUGGACCUCAUUAAGAAAUCGGCACCGAGUAGAAUCGUCACUGUCUCAUCCUUAGGCCACACUUUUGUUAAACACCUGGAUCUGGAUGAUCUGAACAGCGAGAAGUCUUACAGCCCCGUGAUGGCUUACAGUCAGAGCAAGCUAGCCAACAUCCUCUUCACGCGCGAACUCAGCAGACGACUUAAAGGGACGGGCGUGGUAACGGCCUCCCUUCACCCAGGGGCGGUGGCAACGGAGCUGCUCCGGUACAUCAACGAAUACAACAUCUGUAUCCGCAUCCCAGUCCUCAUCUUUUACCACGCGUUUUUCAAGUUUUUUUGCAAGACGCCGACUGCGGGCGCUCAGACCAGCCUGCACUGCGCACUCGCACCGGAAGUAGAGCGGCAGUCCGGGAAAUACUUCAGUGAUUGCGCGGUGAAGGAUCCUAGUAAAUUGGCCCAGGAUGACGAGUUGGCAGCCAAGCUGUGGACUGUCUCGGAGAAAAUGGUUGGACUCGCGGAUUGAUAAAAGAAAUGACCGCCAUGAUGCGCGCGAUUCCCCGGAAUUUGUCUUUAAAGUGCUUCCAACAUGGCCGCUGAAUUAGCGUACAAACAACUGGGAAUUCCCCAAUGAUGCGUCCAUUAUAAUUUCUCAGUUAAAAUUGAAACAAAUCUGCUGGUAGUUUGUGUUGUGUUCAUUAGUUGACACGUGUAUCGUUUUUACUAUGUUUAAAGGAUGACAUUUAUUGUAUAGCCGUGUAAUAUGACAUUUGUAUCGCAAUUUUUACAUCAACAUGAGGGCAUUUUGGGAGCAAUUGCUAUGGACAUUGUUUUAAUAACGAUUGUUUUUCAUUUUAUCGACACUACAUCAACAUGAGGGCAUUUUGGGAGCAAUUGCUAUGGACAUUGUUUUAAUAACGAUUGUUUUUCAUUUUAUCGACACUUACGCAUCUAAAUAGCGUUCGCAUGUGUUGACCAUCAUGGAUUAAAAGUAUUUAGGUUUUGACACAUGGCUCGAUCUAACGAGAACCCGUUUGAAUAAAAUUUAUAUGUGCACAAUGGAUAUUAGUUAACAGGUAAUGGCUUUAUUCAAAUAUAACCCAUGUUCCAUGUG